CGUAAAUGAUAAAAAUACCAAAUGAGCCGACGUUGUGAUGCCCGGAUGCACCGAACUGAUCAAUUUAUCGAUCGUUCAUAGUGACUCUAACUUUACUCGUUGUGAGCUGUAACGCCGUGCCACCGCCAGUAGCGCCGCCUUGGGAAGCCCAAUUUGCGUCGUCGUUCGCCGUUCAUAUGACGGAGUUUGCCGAGCUCGAAGCUCAAGAUGCGGUGCGGAUGCCGUGGAACGUAAUGCCGGGGACCAAAUCCGAAGCGGCUCAAUGCGUGAUUCCGGUCUCCGCCAUCUAUACCCCCUUGAAACCUUUCCCGGAUCACCCGGUCCUCCCCUAUGCCCCUCUCCGUUGCAGGAACUGCCGAUCGGUCCUCAACCCGUUCUCCAUGGUUGACUUCUCAACCACGAAGAUGUGGAUCUGCAGCUUUUGCUUGCAGCGCAACCAUUUUCCCGCCAAUUACCAGUCCAUUUCAGAAACUAACAUGCCCGCCGAGCUGUUCCCUCAGUACACUACGAUUGAGUACGAAAGUGCCCCAGAAAGGGCCGCGCUUACAACCCCUGUCUUCCUAUUUGUCAUUGACACGUGCCUCAUCGAGGAGGAGAUUGGCUAUUUGAAAUCCUCUCUCUUGCAGGUGUUAGGCACAUUGCCUGAGAAUUGUUUGGUUGGAUUGAUAACCUUUGGUUCAUAUGUGCAAGUUCAUGAGCUGGGCUUUGGGCUGAUUCCAAAGGUUUAUGUGUUCAAAGGGUCAAAGGAAGUCACUAAAGACCAAAUUUUGGAACAGAUGGGUUUCUUUUUAAAGAAACCAAAGCCAACUACUGGGGUCAUUGCUGGGGCAAGAGAUGGGCUUUCACAAGAGAGUAUUUCAAGGUUUUUGCUGCCAGCAUCUGAGUGUGAAUUUACACUAAAUUCUAUAUUGGAAGAGCUUCAAAGAGAUCCUUGGCCUGUGCCUGCAGAUAAACGGGCAUCGAGGUGCACUGGCACUGCUUUGAGUGUGGCUGCCCAUUUAUUGGGAGUAUGUGUUCCUGGUUCUGGGGCUAGAAUCAUGGCAUUUCUAGGUGGGCCCUCAACAGAAGGGCCAGGUGCUAUUGUUUCGAACACCCUAUCUGAACCUAUACGGUCCCACAAGGAUUUGGACAAAGACUCUGCUCCAUUAUAUCACAAGGCAGUAAAAUUCUAUGAAGCACUUUCGAAGCAGCUUGUACACCAAGGGCAUGUACUUGAUGUUUUUGCUUGUGCGCUGGAUCAGGUUGGACUUGCCGAACUUAAAGUAACGAUUGAAAAGACUGGAGGGCUUGUUGUAUUGGCUGAAAGUUUUGGCCAUAAAGUUUUCAAAGAUUCAUUGAGACAAGUGUUCCAGCCAGGAGAAAACGAUCUCGAACUAUCAUCAAAUGGCAUUUUUGAGAUUAACUGCUCAAAAGAUAUCAAAGUUCAUGGAGUCAUCGGUCCUUGUGCAUCACUUGAAAAGAAAGGUCCUCUCUGCUCUGAAACUGUUAUUGGUCAGGGAAAUACAACAGCGUGGAAAAUGUGUGGUCUUGAUAAAACCACUUCCUUGUGUCUUUUAUUUGAGAUUAGCAAGAAGGAGAAUCCGGAUGCUAUUGCUCAAUCUGCAAACACACAGUUUUUUUUCCAGUUCUUGACAUAUUAUCAGCAUAAAAAUGGACUGAUGAGGCUUCGUGUUACUACACUCUCAAGACGAUGGGUUUCUGGACCUGGAAGCAUACAGGAGCUAAUUGCUGGAUUUGAUCAAGAAACUGCUGCUGUAGUAAUGGCACGCCAAGCCUCAUUCAAAAUGGAAACUGAGGCUGAGUUUGACCCUAUAAGAUGGCUGGAUAAGUCUUUGAUACAUAUGUGCUCCCAAUUUGGUGACUACCAAAAGGAUAGCCCUUCGUCUUUUAGUCUCUCUCCUCGUUUCUCAAUAUUCCCACAAUUUCUUUUUCACCUACGGCGAUCUCAAUUUGUACAGGUCUUCGGGAACAGCCCAGAUGAGACAGCUUAUUAUAGAAUAAUUCUGAAUCGGGAGAAUGUUUCAAAUUCUGUCGUGAUGAUUCAGCCGUCAUUAAUCUCCUACUCUUUUCAAUCUGGUCCUGAACCGGUUCUUCUUGAUGUGGGAGCAAUUGCUGCUGACAGAAUUCUUCUUUUGGAUUCUUACUUUACUAUUGUUGUCUUUCAUGGAUCAACCAUUGCUCAAUGGCGAAAAGCUGGAUACCAUGAACAACCUGAGCAUCAGGCAUUUGCUCAGUUAUUGAAAUCUCCCCAGGAUGAUGCAGAGUCAAUCAUCCGGGAAAGAUUCCCAGUGCCUCGCCUUGUCAUAUGUGAUCAGCAUGGAUCCCAGGCUAGGUUUUUGUUAGCGAAGUUAAAUCCUUCUGCUACGUACAACUCGGAAGCCCCUCCUGUUCCUGGAGGGGAUAUUAUUUUCACUGAUGAUGUUAGUUUUGAAGUCUUUUUAGAUCAUCUUCAGCGUCUGGCUGUUCAAUAGAUAUUCAUUUUUCUCCUUUUACAUUUUCUUACGUAGGGGGACUCAAUUUGUAAGGUUUACUUUGAAUUGAGUGUACAGUGAUGCAUAAGACAUUUUAUUAAGUUAGGAGGGUAUCUGGAGUAUGGAAUUUGAAGGGUUUUUUAGAUUUAUAAAUUUUGUGUUGCUUUAAGGUAA